AUGCCAUCGGCGACGAGCCCUGUCUUGGGUCUCGUCUGGAAUCGUGAGGCGGAUACGUUGGCACUAGCUGAUGCAGUCAUUAGGAAGGAGAGCCCAGCAGACAUCACCAAAAGAACGAUUCUUUCUGCCACGCAGAGCCUAUUUGAUCCACUUGGAAUGAUCUGUCCGGUCCUCAUCUGCCCCAAAGUACUGUUACAGAAGCUGUGGUGUAAAGAAAUAAAUUGGGAUACUCGUGUGAAUGAGGACACCGAGAAGGCCUUCAGUCAUUGGUUGGAUCAGCUCUCUUGGUUGAAACAGUUAGAAAUACCCAGGUGGGCGUUCGGAGGAGGACCUGAGAAGCCAUCAAUCUCUCUCCAUGCUUUCGUAGAUGCCAGCCAGGAAGCGUACGCCUCUGUAAUUUAUGCCAUAGUAGAGCUGGGUGACAAAGUGGAGUGUUACUUUGUCGUUGCUAAGUCUCGAGUGUCACCCAAGGACAAGCCCACGAUUCCUCGGCUGGAGUUGCUGGCGGCGACGGUGGGAGCCCGCCUCAUGGCCUCGGUACUGUCUGCCUUGAAUUACACCCAGGUACGUCAAUAUUUCUGGACUGAAUCGUCAACAGUGUUUGCUUGGAUUCAGCGAGAUAAAGAAUGGGGUACUUUCGUGGGGAACCGCGUUCAAGAAAUUCGCACCCUCACGAAUCCAGCGUCGUGGAGCCACAUUCCAGGGAGUCUUAAUCCAGCAGACCUGCCAUCACGGGGAUAUACCGCCAGGCUUCCUCCUGCACUGUGGCCAAAGUCCUCUGUUGACAUGGAUGAAGCAGAUGUUGAAAAAGAGGUUAAGAAGACUACUAAUAAGAAGAAGACAUCUGAUAAAAGUGUGGUGGCGUGUACAACGGUCUGUCAUGUCUUGAGCAAUGUUCAAUGUCAACUACCAAACAGCGAGGUGCCUUGGUAUAUGCCAAAGUUCUCACGUUACACACAACUUGUCAGGCGUGUGGCAUGGAUCCAACGAUUCCUGGCUAAUUGCAGACAGAAUCCUGAUCAACGUAUCAGAGGGGCGUUGUCUCUUCAAGAGGUUGAGCAAGGCGAGUUGACCCUCCUGAGAUUAGUACAAGAAGAGAGUUUCUCAGGAGUGAAUGAUCCUCGGUUCACUGGCCUGACGAUCUACAAGGACACAGCAGGACUCAAACCUGACACUGUUGAGAAAAUUGUUGAAGGUAUCUGCAUUCUGCACAAUGUAAUUUUAGAUUUAGAAAUACAGGACGGAAUCAUUGCCGAGCCAGUACAAGAAGAUGCAAGAAAUCUACGCAAUGAUGGAGACGAAGUCACUGCUGCCAAUGAACGCGAGAGAGGUGAAGAGAUGAAUAGUAUACUCACAUUACUCACGACACUUAAUGAGCCCACUGAAGAGACUCAAAAUGAUUGGAAAUUCCUGGGAUUCGUGCUAUUAGACGCUGAAGAGUCUGAAUAG